UUUUGCAACAGAGAAAACGUUUUGCAACAGAAUCGUUGGAAUUAAUACUCCCCUAGCAUGGGGAGCGUUUAACGUUUUGCUUCUCAACACGAGCCUCUGUCAGAACACGUUUUGCCUCUGGAAGCGGGAGUUUUACCUUUUUCCACACUUGGCUGUGAGUCUGACUGCAUCCUGCAAUCACAUCAAUGGCUACCUCUGGCUCCUCCUCCACUUCUGUGCCUGAGGGUUUCCACUAUGAGACCAAGUACAUCGUCCUCAAGUAUCUGGGACUACUGCCCCCCUCCCACCUACAGGCCACGGCUAGCGCAGGAGGUGGCCAUUAUGCUGUGGACGGAGAGUUUGAGAGAGAGAGGAACAGACUGAUGAAGGUUCAGAUAGAGGAAGAACUGAGGCAACUGGAACACGAAAUCUCAGCCUCCCUCUCCUGCACAGGCUUCGAUUGCCGUAUGAGUCCAGUGUUCAGCCCAGCCAAUCCAGAGAGCUCCGUUGAAGACUACCUAGCUACCCUUGGGGAACGAGUUGCCAGGGACCUGGACACACACCUGGCGUCCACUGUGCACACACUUCUCAGUGCCCCCCUGGACUAUGAGCGAUUCAGACAAGCCACACAAGAUGUCUCCUGCCAUGCACAAAUAGGCUGGAACAAGGUUAUGGUGCCACUGGUUGUGCUGCAGGCCUUGCAGGCAGAAGGACAGAUCCUGGCCACCCUGCUACCUCUGGGGGUCCGUUUCCUGGAGGAGACUGAGGCAGACUACAUAAUCCAGCAGGGGGGAUGGGGUACAGUGUUUAGUCUGGAGGAAGAGGAGGAGCAGGACGUUGUCAUAGCCGAAGACAGCAACGACAUCUACAUUCUGUCUGGAGAGCAGCUUUCCGGCCAGUUCAGUCCCCCCACAUCACUGCUGGACAACAGAGACAACAGUGGACCUGGCAGCUGGCAGACCGAGAGCUUACCCGUGUCUCUUGCAGGCCACGAGUCCUGGGCACAGGUGGGCAUGAUGGACCACCCCGAAGACGUCAAGAGUUUGGACAGCAAUGAGGGUGUCCUGGCUGAGGAGCGAAGCGAGAACAACUCCUCCAACUCUGACAUAGUGCAUGUUGAGCGAGAGGAUGCAGAGGAGGGCGUGGCUGAGGAGCCCGAGCUGCAGGAGAGCAUGUUGAGUGUGCUGGGGACAGAGAGCGAGCUGGCCGAGCUGAGGGCGGAGUUUAGGGAUGACACCCCGCCACCUGUGCCGGUGUCGCUGGAGCCCGCGGUGGCGUAUUCCGAGGAGCCAGUCGUUCUAGAGAUGCCCACGCCCCUUUCAGCAGUCCCGUCAGAGCCCCGUGCCUCUUCCCCAGUGUCCGAGCCAGCUGCUCCAGCCCCAGUAGUUGAAGCUCAACCCACAGAUGUUGUGGAGAACUUCCCAACGUCCCCUGACAAAACGCCCUCUACUACUCCUCCUCCAGCGGAGCUGGUUCCAGAGUCAGUCACAGAACCAGAGUUAAUUGCAGAACCAGAACCGGUUUCGGGGCCAGUUGCGGCUCUAGCUGAGCCAGAGCUUGUUCCAGGGGAGCCUUGGUCAGAGGCUGAGUUGGAGCGAGCGUCCGCUGCACUCCUGGAGUCACCCCCAGGUGAGGAGGUCCCAGUACAGACGGAACCAGAGUCCGAGCUUCCAGUGCUGCUGUACGGCGGAGCUGUCCUAGUGGCCCUGGCUGCUGUUGUGGCCUGGGGAGUCCUGGCCCACCGGAGGAAGUAGCCUGUGGGGGCCCCUGACAUGGGCCCCAGACCGCACCUCCUCCUUGGUCCCUGCCUGGCUCACUGUUGGUAAUCUGGGCUGCUGUGCUGCCACUGCCAGGUGCACACACUGUGGGAAAAGUAACUGUUCAUUUUUUUUCUUCCAGUUUUUGAUUUACCCCGUAGUCAACUCAUCUCGUCAUACUGCUUUUUUUUUUCCCCCUCAAGAUUUCUCAGUUUUGUGUUUUUUUUGUUUGUUUUCUGGGAGCAUGGGUCUGUUCUGUACUAUCUGGUUGCACAGCACAGAUAAAAACAUAACAGGGUGGAUGCCACUUGGCUGGUGCUUGUGCUGCCUCUGUCCUCAAAGCCUAGUUUGUGUAGCUCAGAAAAAUCAAUAGCCAGAUUUCUCUUAUCCAAUAGAUUCUAUUUCUAAUUCAAGUAAUGGAGACUGAUGUGGCUGUACUUAAACGGACAGCAGAAUUUGCCCCAAGGGAUAUGUUUCAUAAAGCACUUGAUUGUGACUUAAUAAUGUCACACUAAAAUAUGGAACAGAUGUUUCUUAUCUACUUUUUUUCUCUUAAAGGCCAGCCCAGUUAUUAAGUGCUGUUUGAUGGUCACUGAGCUGAUGAAACAGAAAAAUAUUUUAAGAUAUGAAUGGGAGGGUAUACUCAGGGGCCAACAUGUUAUUUCUCUACAUUGUGUUGUCCUUUCUGGUUGUUUUGCGGUAUUAUAAAAACUGCAUUACAAUUAUUAUUAUUUUUGGUUUAAAAAACUGCACAGUGAGGAUUAAAGUGUACCACAAGUCACAA